AUGGCAGAAUUGACUCGCACGUUGCCCGCAUCGUGGUAUUGUAGUUCGCCGUUGUACCAGUUGGAAAGACGAGCCGUUUUUCUGAAGUCAUGGUACUUGAUCGGACCAGUUGUCAGAUUCUUAAGUGUGGACGAAAAAGUCAGCUUCGAGAUCGCACAGCAAAACAUCUAUGCUGUACGAGUCUCUGCAACCACAGAGUUUCCAGGUAAUGACGACUUGAAAGUUUAUGAAGCCAGCACGGGAAACCAACUACCUAGCCAUGUCACUCCAACAGGACUCUUAUUUGCAGCAUUAAGCUCAUCUGCACCUACAUUCCACGAGUUCUUCCCCAACCUUGAGAAGCUCCUCGCCAAAGUCGACUUCACAAAGCGUCCUUGGAGACGUAGCAUCAAAUACGAAGGAAACUUCAACUGGAAGACAAUGGUUGAUGGAUAUCAGGAAUGUCUGCAUUGCCAGUACACCCAUCCGUCAUUUAGUGUCUACUAUCCUCCGACUUUUUACACGGUAUAUAAUCAUCAGAAUUUCUCGCAGCAUGUUGCGGAUCCGAAGAAGCCGGAUGAUGGGCUAUUCCUGUAUUUCUUCCCAAUUUGUACGCUGAACGUCUAUGGCGGAGGAAUGAGUUCCUUCCGCGUGUGUCCUACUGAGGAGCCAGGCGUCACAAGGAUGGAAUUUGACUACUAUCAUGUCGAAGAAGGUGCAAAAUUUGAAGACUACUAUCAGUUCACCAGACAGGUUGCCAUGGAAGACUUUGAGUUGUGCGAAAAGGCACAGACGAAUCUGGAAAAGGGUGUUUACGGAGAGGGUAUCCUGAAUCCAGAGAAGGAGAGCGGUGUUGCAUAUUACCAAGAAAGAGUUUUCGAUCUCGUCCGGCAACAAUUUGAGGAAGAGAGGAACAAGCAUGACACCGAUGGCGACAGAUCAGUAGUGCAAUCGAUGCCUACCUCAAGAGUGAUUGAAGCAGAGGCCUGA